AUGUCGACAACAUGCUGCACAACACAGAAACUGAACUUGAUUGUAAUUGGGCUCCCUGGCUGUGGAAAAGGUACACAGUCUGCUAAAAUAGCUAAGCACUAUAAUCUUAAACAUGUUACAUCGGGGGACUUACUGAGACAAGAGGUGGAAAGAAACAGCAAAUACGCCAAGCAGAUCCAGGAGCUGAUGAAAACGGGCAAGCUGUUUCCCGAUGAUCUGGUGAAUAGUAUUCUUCUCGAGCAUGUCCCCAAGGAAAACUAUAUUUUGGACGGAUACCCCAGGAAAUUAUCACAAGUAAAGACGUUUGAAGAUAUUGAUCUUGUAAUCUACAUUGAGUUGCCAGAGCAAGAGGCCGUUAGAAGAAUUCUUCAUAGAAACCAGGGCAGAUCAGAUGAUAGCGAGGAAGCUGUAAAGGUAAGACUGAGAGCCUUUGAUAGAGAAACCGAGCCCGUAAUUGAGUACUACAAAUCACGAGGCAUACUGGAAGUUGUCGAUGGGCAAGGCAGUGAAGAGGAAAUAUUUGGGAGGAUCCAAGAACUUAUUUUUAAGAAAUUUAAUAUUUAA